AUGCACCCACAUCGGCCCGACCGCGCCGCUUUCCCCGACCAAAGCACAUCGGAUCAGCGACAGAUCGAUAUGAGGAACUCACGCAUCGGCGACACCGACCAUCGCUUGCCCCCAAGACAAGCCUCGUCGGGUCUGCCGCAGGCGCGAAUGGAGGCUGGAUUGGGAUACGCGUCUGCUCCUGGUGCUGAUGCCGAUGCUCAGCCAUAUCAUCAUUCCAAGCCACCGCCUCAUGCUGCUUCAUCUUCCCACGCUCAUCGUUCCCACGACUAUCGAUCUUGGUCACCAGACCGAUCCAACCGAGAACCUGCCCGACCUUCGCAUCUGCAGUCUCAUCUCGAUCGACCUCACUACGACAACUAUCCACCGGCAAACAACAUUGAUCCGCGUCAUCGUGGUCAGUACUUGGAUCAACGAUCUCCUCGCGAUCUCUCUCGCCCUGUCCAUGCGUCGCCUUACCCCACUGCCUCAUUCGAUGCUCAGCGUCGACAGCAGCCGUAUCAGGACCACAUUGGUCACCAACAACCGGCUGCUCAUGCCUUUCGUGGUCAUCCAUAUCCUGAUCACGCCUUGCCUCAUUCCUAUCAAGACCCUCGCUCCGGAGCUCAAGUGCGUCCCAAUCUGCCUUCUCCUCGAGACGCGCAUCGAUCCGUCGAACGCAUCCCACCCAUGGGUGCAUUUACUAGUCGCGACGCCUACCCUUCUGAUCAGUUCGGUCAUGCUCGCUAUCCGCCCGUCGCUUCAGCCCACGACGCUCGCCCAUGGCCAGAGAUGCGUCGCUACUCGGACGGCCCUUCUCGUCCAUCUACCUCCACCUCGUCCGACCCCGCCUUCCCGGCGAAUAAGUCGACCCUCCCUUCGCGAAAGCGAAAGAAGCAGUUCAAGUACAUGCUUGAGCUCGAAGCCGCCGACGCAUCCAAACCGGCCAACGACGAUGCGGAGAAAGACGAGCUGGAUGCAGACGGCAUGGACACAAUCGACACCGCUGGUGGUAUCGACAGUGUCCCUCAGCGCAAAGAGAGCAGGAAAAAGGUCAAGAAGGCCUGCAUCUUUUGCAAGCGCAGUCACAUGCCGUGCGAAGAGGCGCGACCGUGCAAGCGCUGCGUCAAGCGUGGCAUCUCGCAUCUGUGUAAGGAUGCUGAACCUGCAUCCGCCUCUGGCAACGCAUCUUCUAAGGCAAAGAGCGAAGAGACGCGCCAGGCUGCACGCGCAAAGCAACGCAAGGGCUCCAAAGACGCGUUGCGCACCAACACCGACCAAGCCCUCGACAACGAAUCCGGAUCCGACUCGGAGAGCCUAGCCUCUUCCUCGGCCGCCUCGUCUUUCCACCGUCGAAGCUACGACAUGAACGUGAUGCCCGGUGCGGCGGCGCGCGAUCCGGACUACCGACCGACGAUGCCCGUGUCGAUGCUCUGCUCGCCUGCUGGGGCCGAGUUGGCGCGUCGUCCCGCCAAACGUGCUGCUUCGCCCGGCGUCUCGCAAAAGGAGCAGGAGGACGCGUGGAAUCGCACCAUGGACCCGUCGACGCAGACCAAGAUGAAGCAGAUGCUCGAGGCGGGCAACGCGGCGCGCGAUCUGAGCGAUGUCUUUGGCGAAAUCCCCACAUCGCUGCUCAUGACACCUGCGCAGGCCAGCCUUCCUCGGGGACAGUCGAUCCUGCGACCUGCAUCGGCCGAAUUGACCAGCUCGCCUCCGCGUAAUGACGGAAGCGAGCGCGAACAGCGACUCAAACGCUCCCUCUCCAUGACUCUUACCACUACCCCGCACGAGGUCGACGAAGCCGGUUUCAAACUCCCUCGUCGACCCCGCCACCUACUGCAGGAAGAAGCAGCCACCACCUCGGAACUGCGCGGUGGCCCUCCGACUUACUCCUACACCUACGGUUACGCCAAACUCGCGCGGUGGAUGCACACGCGUUUCUCACGCGAGAGCUGCGAGCAGGUCGACCAAGCUCUCUCGGUGAUCCGACCCAAACUCAUGGCGCUCUCCCGCAGCCUACCGGAAGCCGAGCUGAUCGGAGUGGAAGACAGCUUCUACCAGCUGCUCGAGUUUUACACGGCCAAUGUGAUGGAGACGAUUCCGAUCCCGAUGAUCCUGGCGAGACGAACGGGCGAGAUCUACGCGGCCAACUCGCACGCGUGCAAUCUGAUGCAGUUGCCGCCGUCGAUCUUUGAAGGAGGGCAGAUUUGCCACUACCAGCUGGUUUCUGAGAAGGACGCGGUCAACAUGUGGGGAAAGUACGCCAAGGAGGCAAGGGGCGAAUUGGAUAGCGCCCCGAGCCAGACGGUCAUGCUGGAGGUCGAUCGGAGUUUGUUGUUGUUCGACAAGCCGGGUUUUGAUCCGUGCACGGGCGAGUUGUUGGGUGACGGGAGUGGGAGGUGCGAGGAUGGAAGUGCUGCGGUGAUCAGAAGGAAGGUCAUUGUGACGUUCGAGGCCAAGAUGAGCAAGCACGGAUUGCCGUUCAUGGUGACCGGGUUUAUUGUUCCUAUUCCGGAGGAGGAUUGA